AUGAUGGCUUCCAACCAACAAUCUCCAAAGAAACAGACAGGUUCUAAGAACCAAAGCAACAAAAAGGAUUUUCAGGAACAACCAAAACCUGUAAAUGAGGUGCAACAGGACGAAGACGAAUUCAAAGAAGAGUCAGAAACAGAGGUGGAAUCUGAACCUGAAUCAGCUACUGAUGAAACGGGCAGCAAGAAACAGAAAGUCUCCAAAAACUCUCUUGCCAAGAUUAGUCCACGAGAAUGCAGAGAACAGCGACAAAUGACCACGACUGGUGAUGGUACGAAGGCAGAAUCUCGACAGUAA